CAGAAGGAAGUAGUGGUGUGGACAGGAGUUUUGCAGGGGACCCCACCGCCUGGCCUCUGAGCAGUGCAAGCUGCAGGGAGCAUGUUCUGGGGUCUCCCGUGCAGAACCCCCAGCACUGGGCAGGGGUAGCUGCUCCUUAGCUCCUGAGUAGUUUCAUCUGGUACCUGCGGAGCUGGGACCUGGAGAGCAAGAGCAGGCCAAGAGCAGGGACUGCAGGUUGUACUUGCUGCGGGCUGCAGGCAGGGCUGGUGUUCUACAGGCUGUGGCCCUGAGGUCCCCUGGCCUAGAGUUGGCAGCGCGCGUGGGGGACUGCCACUGGUGUCCCACCGGAGGCCUCAGUGCUAAUGCCAGGAAGGAAAGGUUUCCCGGAGGCGGGAAUUGGGGGGCAGCUGCCCCUGUGUUCUUCUCAGCCCCUCUUCCUCAAAGCUCAGUACCCCCGUUGUGUGGGCUGCCAUCCUGACCCCAGCUGGUCUCUCUGCAGGCUGGCUGCAGGCCCUGUAGUGUAGCCUCCUGUCUGGGCACCUCCUUCCCUUUUGCUGCCCCCUUGCGCUGGCCAACCCAGGACACCCCAGGUCACCCGGCAGGGGAUGGAAUUUGGCCCGGUCCGGAUGACAGUCCACUCUGCCAAGAGGCCUUCCUUUACCACCAUGAGAAACUGAGUGAUUUUAUUUUGAACAACCCAAACUUACAAAGAAGAUGCCAAAUUCAAUACAAAGACCUCAAGACUCUGCUGCCCACUAGACCUGGUGAUCAAGAGCUCAGUUUGGCUUCGUGUCCCGCCACCGGCCUGUUCGUUAUCAGAGCCUGCAGCAUGGAGUCACAGCUGGCCACCUUCCUGCUACUCACAUUGCUGAAUGACUGUCACAGCUCCAGGACAGCACAAUGGCCAUGCCUGCCUGGGAGCUGGGAGCUGGAAGCUGGGUGGGCCCUGCACAGGACUGAGCUCGUCCAGCUUCCUCAUCCCUUCCAGGCCUGAAUGCCAGGUGUGGACAGGGACACUCCUGCUGGGUACCUGCCUGCUGUACUGCACCCGCGUCACCAUGCCUGUCUGCACCGUCGCCAUGAGCCAGGACUUUGGCUGGAACAAGAAGGAAGCUGGCAUUGUGCUUAGCAGUUUCUUCUGGGGCUAUUGCCUGACACAGGUCAUGGGUGGCCACCUUGGGGACCGCAUCGGGGGUGAGAAGGUCAUCCUGCUAUCUGCUUCCACUUGGGGCUCCAUCACCAUGGCCACCCCACUGCUCGCCCACCUUGGCAGUGCCCACCUGGUCUCCAUGGUCUUCUCUCGUGUCCUCAUGGGUCUGCUCCAAGGUGUUUACUUCCCUGCCCUGACCAGCCUGCUGUCCCAGAGAGUUCGAGAGAGCCAGAGGGCCUUCACCUACAGCACUGUGGGGGCCGGCUCCCAGUUCGGGAUGCUGGUGACGGGGGCUGUGGGCUCCCUGCUCCUGGACUGGUGUGGCUGGCAGAGCGUCUUCUAUUUCUCGGGCGGCCUCACUCUGCUCUGGGUGUGUUAUGUGUACAGGUACCUGCUGAGUGAGAAAGACCUCGUCCUGGCCCUGGGUGUCCUGGCACAAGGCAUGUCCAUGACCAGGCCCUCCAAAGUGCCCUGGAGACUGCUCUUCCGGAAGCCUUCUGUCUGGGCCGUCAUCUGCUCCCAGCUGUCCUCAGCAUGCUCCUUCUUCAUCCUCCUCUCCUGGCUGCCCACCUUCUUCAAAGAGACUUUCCCCCAUUCCAAGGGCUGGAUCUUCAAUGUGGUGCCCUGGUUGGUGGCGAUUCCUGCCAGUCUGUUCAGUGGGUUUCUCUCUGACCACCUCAUCAGUCAGGGUUGCACGACCAUCCUGGUGCGCAAGUUGAUGCAGGUGAUGGGCCUUGGCCUAUCCAGCGUUUUCGCAUUGUGUCUGGGCCAUACCUCGAGCUUUCUUAAGGCUGUGGUCUUCGCAUCUGCCUCCAUUGGCCUCCAGACCUUCAACCACAGUGGCAUUGCCGUUAACAUCCAGGACCUGGCCCCAACCUGUGCUGGAUUUCUGUUUGGUGUGGCCAACACUGCAGGGGCCUUGGCAGGUGUGGUGGGCGUGUGUCUGGGCGGCUAUCUGAUCGAGGCCACAGGCUCCUGGACUUGCGUGUUCAACCUGGUAGCUGUCAUCAGCAACUUGGGGCUGGGCACCUUCCUGGUGUUCGGACAGGCCCAGAGGGUGGACCUGAGCCCCGCCCGUGAGGACCUCUAGCUCCCUGACUCUCCAGUCCCACCUGGAUCCUAGUGCCAGCAGUUUUCAGGGACAAAGGUUCCAUCUAGGACUCAGUGAGUCUCAACCUCAGUGGUGUGAGCAGAGGAGGAAGACCACAGCAGAGCACUCUGGAGGCAGAUGAGCUGGAGAGGGGCCUAGGGCACCAUGUGGGCCCGGUCAGAACUGGACUCACCUCUCUGAGCCUCAGUUUCCCUGCCUGCCAGUGGGCAUGACCCUGCCUUCCUCACAGGGUUGGUGUGAUCACCACCUGCAGUUGGCUUGUUUUGGGGAUACGGCUCUUCUGGUGGGAGCCCUGGUGCUGGGCUGGAGGUACACCACCCCAGUCCCCUGGCCUCAUUUCCGACAGCCGCUUUCUGGUGGAGCUGUGAACAGUAGGAUGUGGAGGAGGUCCUGCUCCAUGCCAGAGCUCCCUCCUACCUCCUUCCCUCCAGUCAGGACAACCAGCAGUGCUGCAGAGUGCCCCAUGUCCUGGGACCCCGCCCCCCAUGUUCCUGCUUCUCCCAGCAGCCAGGCCACCAUCCCAGGUGGCUGGGUGGGCAGUGGACCAGAGAGGCCCUGCCCACCUCUGAGAGCCCCCAGGGCCCCAGUUCCCUGAUCCUGUGGAUUUUGGCAGGACCCAUGUGUCCUGCAUAGGCACCCGCAGGCCCUUGGGCUCUGCAGGGACACCUGCCUUGCCUUCCUACCUCCCUGUCUGUAUGAGGAGCUGGUGUUCUCAUGAAUCAGAGUGAAUUCUGGAAGAUGUGCGGAGAAGAGAAGCUAUAGAAAUGUGCAAAACAACACCCAGCCUUAUUUAAAUGACUUAAACUAU